AUGCCGAGCUCCGAUAAUCUCUUGAUCCACCCUCAGAGUCCCCCGCCCGAGAUGUCAGUUGGAUCAAUUGGCAAGUUUAAGCGGGAGAAGAAGUCUUCAAGGUACUUUGACAUCAAAUCUGAGACAGGCAAAACGAGGAUGCGAAUUGUGCAAGGCACCGACACCGAUGCUGCCGUUUCACGGCAAAGCGCCGUAGACCUCGGGUAUCUCGAGGACCCGUUUACACGGUUCUUUGUUCAAGAUUCCCAUGGCCCCGGUGGUGGUCGGCGACUCCCAAUUAUCAAUCGAGGAACGUAUACGAGGACCAUGGCGGUGGAUACCCUCAUCGACAGCUUCCUAAGGCCGGAUAACCCUGACGAAGCUCCCCGCCAGAUUGUGUCGCUGGGCGCGGUUAGGCCCGAUGACGCCUUUGGGAAGAUGAUGGUGUCUAAUCUUGCGGCAAGACGAAUCCGCAUGCCGACCCUUGAGAGGUAUAGGGAGCCAGGUGACCAGCUCAAGAGGCUAAAGGACGCUGGCUUCUCCACAGUCAAAAUUUUGACCGUCCACGACAUCUUCGAGUCGUGGAUACCUCGGGAAGAGAAGGCCCGGCUUGAUGCUUUGGAAGGACAAAUCGUCCUCGGUCUUUCAGAGCAUUUUGCCGGGCAUGUUGUCGUCUCACCCGUGUCUCCCAUGUUUGAAGAUGGCGAAGAGACGGAACAGAGGCUCCGAGCAAGGCUGACCUGGGUUCUUCAACAGAUGAUGUAUGUCUCUGGCGAAACGGCCGAACCAUCAGUCGAAACUACGGGCAUUAUUGAAGACAUUGUCAGGCAGCAGGUGAUUGAGCUGCUCCGCAACUGCACAGAACUCGCCGCUCGACGAGGGUCCCGGUCGAUUGGCAUCAAUGAUUUGAUUUUCCAGAUCCGCCACGAUCAAGCCAAAGUGUCACGCCUACGGACUUUUCUGUCCUGGAAGGAUGUGCGUAAAAACGUCAAAGAUUCGGACGACAAGGGUGGUGACGCCGACCUGGGAGCCGCCGAGGAUCCUUCAGGUGGCGUUCCCGGCGGCCCUGUCGACGACUCAACCAAGAAGAUCAAAACGACCAAGACAACACUGCCUUGGGAGCCCACGUCCUUCUACAACCAGGAGGUGCCCGAGCGAGAUGACGAGGAAGAUGAGGAGGAAGAGGCCAUGAACCACAUUACCCUGCAGCGCCUCCAAAGGCAGACGAGCGGACCAAGAGAAUGGGCCGGCUUCGGUAUCGUCACCGACAGCAAGCCCUCGGACGAUAUCGUUGACAUUCUCGGUUUCCUGACCUUUGAGAUGGUCCAAACUUUGACCGAGGUCGCGCUCAGUGUCAAGGAGCAGGAGGAUUUCCUCCACCGCGCCCAAAGCGGUGUUGAGAAGGCCACGGGUGGCGCCAAGAAGCGGAAGCUUAACCAGGGCCUCUUCGACCCCCGAGCGAGGGCAGAUCGCCCAUCGAGCCCCGCCACGUCACAGAGGCAUUUAGACGCCUGCAGCAGCGCCCCAAGAAGUCAAGGGCCAUGCUUAACGGCACAAGACUCUCCCAUCACACUACUCUCAAUAUUUUUUAACGCACACAAUUAG